CUUCCGUCCAUCAUUCAUUCAGCUUCGCUCUCUUCCGCAACAGUGCUACAGCACGUGUUCCACGCGCGACCCCACGGGUCCCGUCACCGUCGCUCUCACCUGCCGCGGUCGCGGAGCCGCGGGGCAUCGUUUUCUGAGCAACGUGGAGAUGAACUCAGUGGUCUUUGCGGAUGUGGCUGUGAACUUCACUCAGGAAGAGUGGGCUUUGCUGGAUGCUGCUCAGAGGAAGCUCUACAGAGAAGUGAUGCUGGAGACCUGCAGGAACCUGGCCUCUUUGGAAGUCACGUGCUGGAGACUCCCUGUGAGAGUAAUGAAGCUAAUCCAUGCGGAGACACCCUGAACCACAUCACAGAUCUUCCUGUGGGGGAGAGACAUCCACCCGGAGUUAAACCCCAUGAGUGCGCUAAGUGUGGAAAAGCCUGCAGGAAUCCACCAAGACCUCCCACUGGACACGAACCUCAUCCAUGUGAGGAAUGUGGACAAGCCUGCAGGUGUGUCUCAUGUCCAAGCCCUCACGUGGGACCAGACUGUGUGGAGAAACCCUGUCACUGUCAGGAGACUGGGAGAGCACCUGAGGGAUACGCGCAGAGUCUCAAUAAUAAAAGCUCCAUUGAGUGUCAGAAAUGUGGAAAAGCUUUCGCUUGCCCCUCCUCCUUUCAAGGACAUUUGAGAGGUCAGUGUGAACAGAAAAUCCACAUGUGUAAAGUGUGUGGGAAAGCCUUUAUGUUUGGGUGCCACCUUAGACGACAUGUAAGAACUCACACUGGAGAGAAGCCCUAUGAGUGUAAGGAAUGUGGGAAAGGCUUCAGCUGUAACUCCUACCUACGAGAACACGUGAGAAUGCACACUGGGGAGAAACCCUAUGAAUGUGAGCACUGUGGAAAAGCAUUCCGAUUUUACUCCUACCUUCGAGAACACAUGAGGACGCACACUGGAGAUAGACCUUACGAAUGUCAGCAGUGUGGCAAAGCCUUCCGGCACCUGUCCUCCCUGCAAUCACAUGUGAGGACACACACUGGGGAGAAACCCUAUGAGUGUAAGGAAUGUGGGAGGAGUUUCCGUUGUCCCAAAUACUUUAGAAAACACGUGAAAACACACAGUGGAAGGAAACGCUAUGAAUGUGCAGAAUGUGGGAAAGCCUUUGAUUAUUCCUCAUCCCUUCGUGAGCAUGUGAGAACUCACAGUGAAGAGAAGCCCUAUGAAUGUAUGGAGUGUGGGAAAGCGUUCAGGUGUCCUUCAUCCCUGCAAAGACACGCGCGAAUGCACACUGGGGAGAAACCCUAUGAAUGUCAGAAAUGUGGUGAAGCCUUCAGGCAUUACACAUCCUUGCGAAGACACGGGAGGACACAUGCUGGAUAGAAACUCUGAAUACAGGGACUGUAUUUAUUUUUCCUUAAAACUUUGAGGACACACGAGAGAAACCGAGUGGAAAGUAGGUGGGAAAGUUUUAGAUCUUCACUGAUGUGCGUGAAAACUCAGGGCAGUAUAGAAAUUUUUUGUUACAAGUAUGGUUUUCCUUAAAAGUGCCUCACCCUGGAGAGGGAUCCCUGUGUGUUAAUUUCUAGUUCAUGUUACUGAUAUGUUCACUUAAGAUAUAAUUACUCCUCUAUGUCCCCUUCAUCUGUACUGCAUACAUUUUGCU